AUGUCCGGACGUUCUUACGGUGAUCUGCCCAUUCGAGGCGGCCGUGGUGGUGACCGUGGCGGCUCCCGGGGCCGCGGCGAUGGAGGCUCGAGUAGCCGUAGCAGUGAUCGCGGCUACAGCGGAGAUCGAGGCCGUGGUAGUGACCGUGGAGGUGGUCGUGGUGGACGUGGCGGCUCUGCUGGAAUGUUGACGGACCCUUUUGAAGCCCCCAGCUCCCGUGUUCAGACUUUUGAGGACCGAUACGUUGCAGAGUCACUAAAGGCUCGACCACUCGCCAAUUCUUUGGCUCAGCGUCCUGGCUAUGGCACUCAAGGUCGUUCGAUCGUGCUUCGUGCCAAUUUCUUCCCCAUGGACUUCAAACCAGGCGUCAGAUUCUAUUCGUAUCGACUCAAGAUUGAGCCCCCGGCAAAAAAAGGACAACAGAAGUUCAUUCUUGAGAGCAUGCUCCGCAACUACUCUCUCUUCAAAAAGAUCGGUGUUGCUACUGAUGGAGCCACUGAGAUUGUCACGGCCCAGUCACUCCCCGAUGAUAGACCGCCAUACAUUUGUUCCAUGGGAAAUGGCAAUGGGCACGGAAGUGGGAGUUCGACAAACUAUACCGGCCCUUGGCAGACUACUCUAAAUUUUGACAGCUCUUAUUCACCAGCUGAAAUGCUUGCGGCCAUUGAGGACAUCAACCAGCGAGAGUUGAUUCAGAAUGAAGCUGCCAGUCUUCGAGUACUGAACAUCCUCAUGAGUGCUUAUCCCUUCAAAGAUCCUGGUAUCUGCAUCAUCGGCAAGGGACGAAAUAAAUUCUUCCGGAUGGAUCACCGAAAGCAGUCAGUGGAGAUUGAAGGUGGCGCUGAAGCUGCUCGAGGGUUUUACUCAAGUGUCCGAGUUUGUGCUGGACGAAUCAUGCUCAAUUUGAAUGUCAAUCACGGCGCAUUCUACGCUCCAUUUUCAUUGGCCAGGCUACUUCAAGAAUUCACGCCCAUUGAAGGACAGAAUGGGAAUGUGUUGAACCGGUGGUUGAGAGGCUUGAAAAUCUAUGCCACACAUCUCAAACCCCGAGAGAAUGGAGCUGGUGUGAUGGAAAGACCUAUCAAAUCAAUCCUCGCAAUUUCCAAUCCUAAGGACGGACGUGGGAGUUCAAACCCGGUCCACCCCCCAAUCGUUCCGCGUUUGGGAUCUUCUGCCUCAAGCGUGAAGUUCUGGAUGGGAGAUGACAAGAAGGGAUAUUACAUCAGCGUUACCGAGUACUUCAAAAAAACUUACAAUAUUGUCCUCAAAUAUCACGAUAAUAUGCCGGUCGUGAACGUUGGAACCCGUGAACGUCCGGUUUACCUUCCUAUGGAGGUUUGCGAAGUCGUCCCUGGGCAACCCUACAAGCCUGACCCUGCCACUGUCCUACGACAGCAUAUGAUCAAGUUCAGUUGCCGGCGGCCUCCUCAGAACUAUGCCUCUAUUAUGAGCGAGGGAUUGGACAUCAUGGGAAUCUCUGGAGACCAUACCAAGGCGUUAGGGAUCAAGUCCGGCAACCAGAUGAUCACUGUACCAGCACGAAUUUUGAAUCCCCCAAAUCUGCUUUAUGGUGCCAAGAAGACCGCUAGCCCUCGAAAUGGCUCGUGGAAUUUGGUCAACACCAGAUUUGCCCAGGGCGCCCAAAUCACCAAAUGGACCUGUCUUUUGAUUAGGAAAAAGUUCAAUGAAACGAAAAAAAACCCAUUCAUAGAUCCUGAUAGCCAGAUGGACGCUUUUUAUAGGAAAUUGCGGGACCAUGGCAUGUCACUCCCGCCACCCUCCAAGCCGUAUAUUUCGGUUUUUCUCGAUUUGACUGAUGAUAAAAAUCGGAACGCCAUCAGGGGAGCAUUCAAAAAGUUCGCGGGGGUGUUCCCAUUCGUGGUUGUUUUGCUUCCUGACACAGAGGGCAAGAUCUUUGAUUUCGUCAAGUAUGCCGGAGAUAUCAAGACUGGUGUCCUUACGCACUGCAUGCAGUACUCCAAGUUCAUGCCUGCCAAUGAGCAGUACCUGAGCAAUAACGCCAUGAAGGUCAAUCUCAAAAUGGGUGGAUGCAAUCAACUCCUGCAGCCAUCGAAUGCACGCUUUAUUGGCGCCGGGAAGAACACCAUGGUCGUUGGCUUGGAUGUCACUCAUCCCUCGGGUACAGACCCGGAAGCUUUCCCCAGUAUCGCUGGCAUUGUUGCAUCUAUUGAUUAUCGCAUGGGACAAUGGCCUGGUGAGGUUCGAGCCCAAACGCGCCGUCAGGAGAACAUCGAAUUCCUCAAGGAGAUGAUGCUUACCCGCCUGAGAUUAUGGAAAGAUACCAACAAUGGCAACCUUCCCCAAAACAUUCUCGUGUACCGAGACGGUGUCAGCGAUGGUCAAUUCUCCAUGGUCCUUAAAGAGGAACUUCCAAAAAUUCAGGAGGCUGCCAAAGCGGUAUACCGUGGAGCAAUGCCCAAUAUCACUAUCGUUGUCUGUGGAAAGCGACAUAAUGUACGCUUUUACCCUACUAACUCCAAGGAUCAAGACAGAACUUCCAACCCACUCAAUGGAUGUGUCGUCGAUCGCGCAGUCACCCGUCCUAUCUACUGGGACUUCUAUCUGCAGGCCCAGGCUCCGCUUCAGGGUUCUGCUCGACCAGCUCACUACAUCGUGAUUCAUGAUGAGAUCUUCACCAACUCAAAGGUUAAUGUGGACCGCAAGCCAGCUGAUGUGCUGCAAGAACUCACCCACAGUAUUUGUUACAUGAUGGGCCGGGCUACUCGCUCAAUUAGUUACAGCACGCCUGCCUUCCUGGCUGACCGGUUCUGUGAUCGCGCCCGCAAGUAUUUGUUGGCUUUCUACUAUGAGAGCAACGAGUCGAUUCCAAAUCCGAGUGGAUUACAAGGCGCUGCCCUGUCUCUGGCGAGCGGAUGCGAGGACCGCAUGGUCUACAUCUAA